AUGUCCUUCUCGAGCACACCUCUCGGUCAAGGCAGACGUCUAGAUCACCAUACGUUCCUCAAUAAGAACAACCCCAACGCCCCUCCCCGUCGUGCGAUACCCACCUCAUAUUCGUACGGAGCACCUACCGUCGGCUCGCGAUCGCCCCCCAAGCCAGAUAGAGCUCCGCUGCCCCAAGAAGACGACACGGAAGAAACCGCCCUUAUCCGCUUCGCACGUCUCAAGCAGCGCGAUCAGGCGCAACAACCCUCUCAGGCGCAGCCAUCUCGCUCCGUGGGUCCCACAACCAUUAAUCCACCUCAGCCUGAGAAGUGGACUGUCCGUGACACGUCUGUUAACAUCGUCAGCGCAUUCAACCAGGCCGCGACAUCUACAUCCUUUGACACGAGCGCUGCCAACACCAGCAACGCAAGCAAUAACAGCAUGAAUCCAAACGAGGCCUGGGCCUCCGGUGUCCGGAAGCCGCCCAUGGUCCCCCGUAGCACCUCGGUCGAGUACGAGAAAGAGACGCAAUCCACCGUCAACCGCCGACUCGCCCCUCCCCCCAACCGACUGCAACAAGCGCGGGUCGCACGACCAGUCUCCAAGUCCGCAUCUAUCCGUCAUGUUCCCGAUUCCGAAGAGGAGGACGAUGUGCAGCCGAACGGUCGCGCGAAGACUCCUCUGGAAGCGGGGAUCGAUAUUGUCAAGCGUCUCGUUCCUGCCACCUUCCUCCUCCGCGAGCGAUCGCAGGAGCCAGACAAUUCGUACCUCUCGGUGCACAACGGCAACGAGAGCACUCGCGACCAGUCGAGCUACGACUACUCGGCUGAAGAGCGCGAGUACCAGCAAUCGCAGAAACCCCCUUCACGAAGGACAGUCGCCGCACAUCGUAAGGGCCGCAUAUCCGUAGACAACAAGGCUUACCGUCCGUCCAUGUCGGAUCUGGAUGAGUCGGACGAGGACUUCGAGGAGAAUGGGAAGAGGACGAGGCGGAAGAAGAAGAAAGGUGGGGCAGUAGGAGGUCCCCUAACUACACUGCCCGUCGCGGGGUACGAUAAGAGGAAGAAGAGAAAGAAGGGCGGUAAGGAGAACGGAGCCGCCGGUGAAAGGGAAGGAGAAGAAGAGAGCACAGAAGAGGAGGAUCAAGUUAGCGAACAGCGAUCGCAGCGCGAGAAUACCUCAACUGCGAGAGCACCAUCAAUAUCGCGAGGGUCUGUUCCACCUCGGCAACCUUCCGUCUCCCGUCAGUACGAUUCGAGUGGUCUGGACCAGUCUAUGGAUAUAGAGGGAGGGCUGGGGCCAAUCUCCGAACUCGAUGAGUUCCCACCACAGAUCGACGGCGCAUUCCCACCUUCGAAGCCUGGGUUCUCCCUUGGAGCAAUGCUUGGCCGAUUGGUCCACGGGCUUGCUCAUGUUGCUUACUUGGUCCUGCGGGCCAUAACGACAACUGUGGCCUUGGCAGGCCGGGUGCUUGUACACCCUCUCCUUCUCAAGUAUGCCAUCGUAGGCGCAACCGUGUGGCUAGCAUGGUAUGCGCUUAACAGCGGUCUGCUCGAUCCGCGCUCCCUCCCGUUCCCUCGAGGUCCUUCACGCCCCUACCAGCCUCCCGAAAUCCCCGCCGCGGACCUCGCUGCCUUGUCGGCGCGCCUGCAGACUCUCGAGAAAGCCUUCGCGAGCCUGUCCUUGGAUACCGAGCGGUCACGCGCAUAUAUCGAGGGCGACUCGAAGCAUCGCGCGGAUGUCGCAGGUCGCUUAGGAAGUCUCGAGUCUCGUAUUCAGAAGGAGGGUAGCCGCAUUCAGGAUACGGAGAGCAGACUUCGUGCCGUCACUAGCGACAACAUCAAUGCGGUAAAGAAAGAGGUGUCGCAGCUGUCUUCGCAAUUGCAGGCUCUUCGCGACGCAGAGGCGCGACGGCCGUCCAUCGGGAGCGACGAGGAGGCUCGCGCGAAGCUGAAGGCCUUGGAGGAACGCGUUGGGACGGUGGAAGGUGGUGUCAAGGAGGCCUUGGAUAUCGGAAAGAGUGCCGCCAAAGCAAGCGCGAUCUCCGGGGCUGUCGCACAAUGGUGGAACGGCUUGGCUACGGGUAAGACGAAGGGCGUCACUAUCAAGUCCUCCGAUGGACAGGACGUCACCUUGUUAAUCAAUCAGCUCGUGGACAACGCGGUCAUGCGCACGUCGAAAGACACGCUCGCACGCGUCGACUUCGCCCUGCAUUCCGGUGGUGCCCGCAUCAUACCCUCCCUCACAAGCGAUACCCUCGAAGUCCGUCCCUCCGGUCUCCGUAACCAGAUUGUUGGCCUCAUCACUGGCGGCAACGGAUAUGCAGUUGGUCGUCCUCCAGUCACCGCGCUACACCACGAGAUUCACACAGGGCACUGCUGGCCGUUCGAAGGCUCUCAGGGACAGCUUGCUGUGGCGCUCGCGGCCCCUGUAUACAUUACCGAUGUCACCAUCGACCACGUCCCAAAGGAGGUCGCGAUGGACAUGCGCUCUGCUCCGAGGCAGAUGGAGCUUUGGGGCCUCAUCGAGGGCAAGGACAACAUCGCGAAGGUCCACGAGUGGUACGAGCGGCGCGCCGCCCAGCGCGAAGCCCUCGAGGAGGCUGGCCAGCCGGUCCCCCCGAACCUCGUUGACGACAUCGUCUACCCUCGUUCUCUGCCGCAGAACCCCGAGUACUUGCGCAUAGCGAAUUUCACCUACGACAUCCAUGCUCCCGACUACAUCCAGACGUUCCCCGUCCGCGAUGAGAUCAAGGAGCUUGGUAUCGACUUUGGUGUCGUCGUCUUGCUGGUGAAGAGCAACUGGGGCAAAGACGAGUUCACGUGCCUGUACCGUCUACGUGUCCACGGAGAGAGGAUAGGAGAGGUUCCGUUGCCGUAUCCUGAGGAGUAGAUGUGAGUUGGCGCAGGUAUUUGGCUGAGGAGAGGAGAGGAGAGGAGAGGAGGAGGACGUGAGACGUCCGUCUACUCUUCCAUGCACAUAUGCUUCCCUUCCUUCCCCUUCCCCAUCGGUUCCGCCGUCGCGCUACCCAACCAUGGUCCAUGCUCUUCCUUAGUUUCGACACCACAUCAUCAUCUGCACACCGCAAGCACUAGGCACCAAGCAUCCGCAUCAAACAUAAUGACCGUUAUGACCUACUACCCUCUCUACCCCGCUUGUUUAAUCCCUUCACUUAUGUCUGAGUACCACCAGGCUUCAGGUUCUGUUCCUACCCUUUGCUCGUUACUUAACACCAUGCGCUCUCGGCAUUAGGAGAACAAUUAUCACAUCCCCGCUGCCGUCUAAGCAUGCUUCAUCUUCC